AUGCUCGCCUCCAUCGCCACCACCGCGCUGCUCCUCCUCGCCGGCACCCAGGCCUCGCCCCUCGGCGACCUGGCCGAGCGCCAGGCGGCGUGCCAGUCCGUGCACGUCUUCAUCGCGCGCGGGUCCACGGAGCCGUACCCGGGCCGCCAGGGCGCUCUGGCGACCGCCAUCUGCAGCGGCAUCUCGAGCUGCGGCUACGAGGACAUUACGUACCCUGCGACCUUUGACAACUACUGCACCUCCGCGCAGGCGGGCGUGGUCAACGGCAAGGCGGCCAUCACUGCGUACGCGGCGCGCUGCCCCAACGCCAAGCUCGUCCUGACGGGCUACUCGCAGGGUGCCCAUGUCAUUGGCGACAUCCUUGGUGGCGGUGGCGGUAACCUGGGCAGCUGCACCCAGCAGACUUCUACUGGCCUGAGCCGCACCAGCUCGCCUGGUAACAAGAUCGCUGCGGCCCUGUUCUUCGGAGACGUCCGCCACGUCGCGAGCCAGUCGUACAACACGGGCUCUGGCGCCGCUGGUGCUGGUAUGUGGCCCCGUUCUAGCAGCCAGCUCUCCUCGCUCAACACGUACUCGUCGGUCAUGCGCUCGUGGUGCCUGUCCGGCGACAACGUGUGCGCUGCUGGUGGCCGCGACCCGUCCGCCCACACGAGCUACUUCAAUGUCUUCACCCAGGAGGCUGCUGCUUGGGUCAAGACGAAGCUCUAG